AUGACACCCACAAUUGGCAUGGAAUUUCAAAACUUUCCCAGCAGAAUGUGCAGCAUCACCACCCUAGGUAACUAUGACCCUGCAAAUGGUGGUCAUUUAGUUCUGUUUGACCUUGGACACAUUGUUCAGUUUCCACCUGGAUCCACAAUCCUCAUACCCUCAGCCAUCCUGUGCCAUAGGAAUGUGCCCAUUGCCUCUGGAGAAAAAUGCCUAUUCUUCACCCAAUACUUUGCAGGAGGACUUAUUAGAUGGGUUGACUAUGGGUUCCAGACAGAAGCUAAUUUUAAGAGGGAGAGUCCUUCACUGUGGUUUGCAGCCAACCGUGGGAGGGAGGCUAGGGUUCAGGAGGCAGCGGAAUAUUUUUCCACUUCUAAGCAUGUCAGGCCUGACAUAUGA